GCGCCCUCUUGUCUUUCUCCCUUCCGCAGGGCUGGUCGGUGUCGGGCUUUGUGUGUCUCCCUUCCAUCUCUUUCUGAGUCUUAACUUGAAGGCAUUCCCAUCAUGGCGAACCCAGUGGUCUUCUUCGACAUCGUUGCCGGUGACGAUCAGUUGGGGCGCGUCACCUUCGAGCUGUUUGCAGACAAGGUUCCCAAGACAGCAGAAAAUUUCCGUGCUUUGAGCACUGGGGAGAAAGGCUUUGGAUACAAAGGCUCCUGCUUUCAUAGAAUCAUUCCUGGAUUUAUGUGUCAGGGUGGUGACUUUACCCGCCAUAAUGGAACAGGGGGUAAAUCCAUUUAUGGCGAGAAAUUCCCCGAUGAGAACUUCCUCCUCACGCACACAGGCCCUGGCAUCUUGUCUAUGGCAAAUGCUGGACCCAAUACAAAUGGGUCUCAGUUCUUCAUCUGCACUGCCAAAACCGAUUGGUUGGAUGGGAAACACGUGGUCUUUGGCCGUGUGAAAGAUGGGAUGAAUAUUGUGGAAGCCAUGGAGCGCUUUGGAUCAAGAAAUGGCAAGACAAGCAAGAAGAUCACCAUCUCUGACUGUGGGCAGCUGUCAUAAAAUUCCUUUUGUCUUAACAAUCAACCAUUCCUUCUGUAGCCGGGGUUAGUCCCCUGUAAUCCUUGUGCUCCUGGUUUACUGCUGGUUUUCUAUUGGGUUUCAAUUUCUGCUUCCUCACAAGUCCUACUGGACUGAAGACAACGUUGUUUGCAAAACAAAAUAAAACAAAUUAAAUCACA